AUGUUUACCAAGGCAGCUACCAUCUCCGCCCUUGUGGCUAUUGCCCAGGCCCGUUUCGGUCAGGAACAAGUUCCCGUAUCUGCCGUCACUGCCCUCAGCAACUUUGGAAACCCCGGUGAAGCUGCCACUCUGGCUGGUGGUAUCCCCGGCAGUCUCCUCGCCGCCGCCGACCCUUGCGCCAAGCUCACGCUUGCAGACAAGAUCGUCUCAACCUUGGGUACCGACUCUGCAGUCAUCUCGGCCGCCCAGCAACUGGUUGCCGCUGAGCAAAACUUCAACCCCUUUGUGGUCAGCAUCCCCAACAUCUGCGGCGACGCAACCUUGCCCGCCACUGCAGAGCUCCGUGGUAUUGUUCCUCUGAUUGACCCAGCCGUUACUGGCUCGGAUACCGAGAACGCCAACUCUGCCUCGUCGCUUAACAGCCCCUUUGACGCCACUGGCCUCAGCGUAGCAGAGGUUAUGAUUGCUCAGGGUUUCUCCAACUUCUCGUCCAAUGGUCAGGAUCAGUCGAGUGGAAGCACUGGCAACACCGACACGGGCAGUGGCACCGCCACUACCGCGUCCGCUGCCGCCUCAACCACACUGACCAAGUGCAGUAAGAACACUGCCACUGCAUCUGCUGCCACUACAUCUGCUGCCGCUGCGACUUCCACAGCCAGUGCUACUGAGUCAGCCGACGCCGCUGCUACCUCUGCUGCAUCUUCGGCUGCUACAGGUGCUGGUGCCGUCAGCGACCCAGUCACGGGAACUUUCGAUGGAUUCCAAGCUUCUUCCCUCGGUCUUGACUUUGGAACGUGUACUCCUACCGUCAAGUUCGAGGAGUCGCUGAAUGGGCGCAAGGCUGGCGAGUUCACCUUCCAGGCUCAGGAUCCCGUUGUGAACAAGGGUCAGCAAGAGGCUCUCAACCCGAACAUCAUCUUCAACCGCAUCUGCGACCAGCUCGUCAACGUCUGCGGUGCUGCCGAUGACGCCGUCACCGCGUGCAAGUCUGCUCAGGCUGAUCUUGGUGGUGGUGCCAAGGAUGAGACAACAGCCAACGCCUGGAACGAAGCUCUGGGCUUUGCAGGAACCAACAUUAACCCCGACAACGCUCCUCAGACUGGCCUUGUUGGUCACACCUAA